AACUUUGUAGUGGAAGUCGGACAGCUUUACAACCUGAAGUCAACAACAAGCCCUGUUAGGCUUGCCCAUCGCAGCCAGUUGUUCUUUUCCUUUUCCUCUCCCUCUCUUUUUUUGGGAGUCCCUCUGUUUUUCCUCACCCUCCGCCUGCAGACACGCUGUGGUAGUGGGUGUGUCGACGCGGGCCAGUGGAGCCUCGUCUCUGCUUGUGCGCACUCUGAAAAAGAGGAAAAAGUUGAUGAUGAGUUUAGUGUGAAAGCGGCCCGCUUCGGAGCAGUCUAACCGUCCAGGAAUGGCAGUCUGGACCCGAGCGGACAAAAACGGUCAGCUGGACCUUCUGCUCCGCGACCGCUGGAUCCGAGUGGCCACCGAACUGACCCGAGAAACCCUGACUUUGACGGCCGAGACGGAUGUAACCGGACAGCGGGGCAACCACUGGGACUACAACAACUCUUCGGCGGGCCUGCGAAAUGGUAUGUCGAACGGGAACGAAGCGGGACAGAGUCCUGGGAACUCCGGCCGCGGUCCGUCCACGGGUCAAGACCAACUUCCGAACCAGAACCACGGGGGUCGGGGGCGCAGCGGCAGCCCCGGGCGCGGAGCAGUAAGUCGAGGUCAAUACGACGGGAACUACGGAUUAAACAGCCCCGGAAAGUACCCAAAUAACGGCACAAACUCUGACUUUGGGAGCCCGGGCUCAAGCUACGGUAGUCCCGGGUCCAGCUUUGGGUCGAGACAGGGCGACUUGUGUGUGGACGGGUCUUCGGAGGCUGUGCGCAAAGUGCGAGUUGUCAAACAGGAGUCUGGCGGGCUGGGAAUCAGUAUCAAGGGGGGACGUGAGAACCGGAUGCCAAUUCUCAUCUCCAAGAUCUUCCCGGGUCUCGCCGCCGACCAGAGCCGGGCGCUCCGGGUGGGGGACGCGAUCCUAUCGGUGAACGGUAACGACCUCCGGGAGGCUACGCAUGACCUGGCGGUGCAGGCGCUUAAGAAGGCGGGGAAAGAAGUGACGCUUGAGGGUAAGUUGGCCAACGCGAGAGCGGGGAUUUUCCCGGGCCGGGAUAAGACUCCUGUACUCGGGCAACUCUUCUCUACACACUGCAUCUCACUGACUCAACUCACUGUUAUGGGAGUUGGUUUGGGUCAGAACUUUCUGAACUCAACUUACAAUGCAUCAGCUGACAGAAACCAAACUUUUAGCACCUUGAAAGUGAUUCUGCAACAAUAAAUGUGACUAUUAUUCACAUGCAAGUAAAAUUUGUUAUCUUAUCAAUCCUCAUCAUUUCGAAACAGAUCAGUUUUGUCAAUCUGACCCACAAACCCUUCUUUAAUUCUAUGUAAAUAAGGUCAUUCAUCAAGUUUCCACAGUGGAACAGAGCUUUAAUACCAUCUAUCCACAAAGGCUACCUGAGAAAUCACUUCUGAACAUUUUAUCCACAGGAAGGAUCCAGCAUCCAGUGGGCACUUCUUGUUUGAUUUUGUUCACUGAAAGGGCAUCUAAGAGGCACUUAAUCAUGUUUACCCAAAAGCGAGGCACUUGAAAGGGCAUUUUUGCAGUGUCUGAAUCGCUGCAGGGGCAUUCAGGAGGUCACUUUGCUGCAUUUUUAAGGCACAACCCCUCCAGACCAGUGCACCGCUGGAGCACCCAAGCACGCUAUGAAUAAAUGUCAUCAGAAAUGUCAUUGGAGUUGUUUUGGCUCCAAGUUAAGAUAGGCGUUACAGAUAACCAAUAUGACACAAUGAUUUUUUUUCUUAAAUGGGUUGUAAAAGAUCUCUUUCUUAUUAGGUUGUGCGUUUCUUUUGCUCUGAUGUAACAAGUUAAGGAUUUGAGCUUUAUUUUGAUUUGACCUACUCAACCUGAGUUUACGAGGAUUUCCCAGCAGAUUGAAAUCUCUGUCCUGAGGGAGACCUCGCCAAGAGGGCCUGCAGCGUUUUGGUAGAAAAUAGAUAUCAAAAUUCAUCAACUGCUCAUCCCUCUAAGUAGAAACAGACAUAUGAAGAAUACCUUUAAGUUUUCUUUGUAAAGUUAAGAUCAUUCACUGAUUAUUGAAAAACCUGUAGCCCAUAACAUAUAAGUAGUAGCAUGUUGCUCUUAAUAAAGCUUGGUACAUUUUCUCCAAUGUAAACUUACACUAUAGACACAUUUUGCAGGCAUGAUACAAGUAAACUGGCUCUCAGUCAGGGUUGAUCCACAUGCAGGAGAAAGAGGAGGAGGAGUAUGGUUUAAAUAAUAUCAACAGAACAGAAAGCCUUUGAUUAGUGUAAACAGGAAAGUAACCACAGUUGUGGUCACAGUCAGAGUUAGAUACAUUGUACUCUGUGUAUUUGAAUGGCUGCGGGUUACUAAAGAUAAGAGGUCACUGUAAACAGAAGCAGAUGAGAUUUGUCUGUGUGUGACUUGCCUCUAUGCAGGCCAGGAGAGAGAGAGAGAGAAAGAGAGAGAGAGAGAGAGAGAGAGGAAAAUAUGUUAAUGAGCCAUGGGGAAGCAGAGCAUAAUCAGUUAUGAUAUUUGAAAUAGUAUGAAAAAAACAGAAGUAAAAUGAAGUUACUGAAUCCAAGAUGUGGUUACUGACCAAGGACAUAAGGAGAGAAACAUCAAAUCAAUCAUAUUACUUUUUCUCGCUCAGUUUUUAUAAAGAAUACAUCAAAUAUGUUAACUUUGGUUGAAGUCAGUGAAUAAGUUUAUGAUAAGCACAGUACAGAAGCAGACACUUUUACUCUGUUAUGUUCGGAUCUUCACUUUAAGCUCCUUUGGGGACUUUUAGCUUGUUACGGAACAGACCAAAGUUUACGCUUUUGUCUAUGUGAGCUGCAAAAGCAAAAAAAGACCAUGAGGGAGAAGUUUGCAUGUUUUAGUGCACUUCUUAUUAAUCGUGGUGUUAUUACCAGCCUGUUGAAGAAACAUAACCUUUGUUUACAUUUUUCACUGCAAAGUUACACAGCUAUUCCACUGUAUGUCAGAUGUCAUUUAAAAGUCUGUUUCGGGGGCAUUUAAAAUUUGCCCUUUGUUGGCAGAGCAGCUGAAGAGAGGCAGGGGAUGUUGGGAAGAGAGAGUGGUGUUUUGGAAAUGUAAGAAAUGAGGUACAGUGAGAUCACAUCACUGGUUGGCAACAACAAAAAAAUUAGAGCUUUGACUCAUUCAUGCUCGGGUUGUUUGUCAUAUAACAAAAAUGAAAAAAACACAACUUCUUGAACCAUCAAGUUUUAAGUAUUUGACCUUUAUGAAACAGACUGAAAUUCAUUUCGGACAAGGGCAUUAGCCACAACACUGAUAAGUUUUAAACUGUGCUUCUAAUGCCUGAAAACCAAUGUGAGGGGGUAGGUGUCAGCCAAGCAGCUGGGGAAAGCAGCCUAUGUUGACAAUAAAUGAUGAAAGUGGCUGUCAAAAGUCAGAGUGAUAAGAUUUUUGUAAGAAGAGACGAGUUAAAAAUUCAGAGGACUAGAUCGGCAAAGACUGUUGUCCACUGGGGUUGUCAAAUGUGACACAAAAUGAAAGUUUAAUGUGAAUGAGACGAAAAAAAGCUCUCCAGAACUCUUGACUAUUUUGGUUUUUCAGCCUUUUCUUUUGUUUUGAAUAUUUACUACAUGGUUCAGUCUUCAACUCAUACGGGAUAAGAUAACUAAAGAGAUGUGCUUUUUGAUCUUUGGAGGGAAAAUUCAGAUGUUACAGCAGUGCUUUUUAUUUGAUCAUAACUAAGUAAUAAUUGUUAUCUUUGCAGGUCAUUAUACUGACUUCAAAUGCUGAUUGGUGAUAAAUAAAGCAGUUAUAAGAAUCUCAAGGAUACACUAAUAAGAUCUUCCGGGAUUUUGUGGCCCUUCUCAUGUGAUUGUUGCAGCCUGGUUUGUGGUAUCGCAGCAGUAUUUUUAGAACCUGUCGUGGGACUUCCAUUUUUUGUACUUUGUUGUGUAAAAUACUCCUCACAGUUGUUAUAAAUAUCCACAUAUUAAAAAACAGCCGAACUUGGAUGUCAUCAACAUCAAACAGGGAUCUGAGGACAGUACUCUGUGGCGAUGAGUUCAGAAACCAAAUGGCACUGAUGUUGAACUGUUCAAUGUUUUGAAAAGUGGAAAAAGAGAGAAUUCGUGGAAGUGAGGCCACAAAGCCCUCAGGGUCUGGAAACUUAAGGCUAGGAACAGCUAAACGCUUAAAUGCUGUGUUUAAUGGCUUGGAAUGAACUCCGGAUGAAUACUGAAGAGCUGGAAUUGUAGGAAGUAAUCGAUGUGUGACACAUUUACACUCAAGUCAGAGUCAGGCCAAUUUUUUUUUACCCUUGGAAAGCAGCGAGGUUAAACUGUCUAACACGUUCCAAUCAAUCACAAAAGCUCAUCCAGUGGAACCUCAAUGUCACGUUGUUUCAGUCCGUUAGUGUUUGUUUGGAGGGUUGAUGUUCAUCUCUAGGUGAGCACAGGAAAAGACUGUGCCAGACAAAAGACUUUUACUCUGUUCCUUUUUCUCCUUUCUCAAUCUUAUUUUUUCCAUGAUACACAAUUUUUUAAAAAGUUUUCUAAGUGGGCCAUAAAAAAGGGUUGAUCUGACCACUUUUGUUAUUGCUCUGAGUCAUACGAGCUGUUAUUUGUCCUUAUUAGAUUGUAAGUGUAUGACACACUCCAGAUCAAGACUAAAUUAAGUCCAUGAGCACAGACGAUUAGGUAUUUGAACUCUAACUUUCUCAAAGGACAUUUCAGGGAUAAGAUAUAUGGCUGAAAGAAAGACUAUUCGCUGUGUUCACGGUUGGAUACACCUCUGAGUUUUUCUACUGUCUUUUUUUCCAAACCAUCACCAGGUUGAGAAUACAGUCAUAGAUAUAUCAAACUGUUUGCAUGGCCUGACUGUAGCCUCUCGCCUCUAUUUCCAUCUCUGCCUUAGUAACUGUUGCUAUUUGUGGUAAUUAUGAUUUUUCACUUAUUCAAUAUUCUUUGAAAAUACUUUAUGCAUGUUGGAGCUUUUGAAUAACUAAGACAUCAAGGGGGCUACAUAUUCAAUGGAUUAAUAGUUACACAUACUUUAUUUCAUCCUGACAGCGCCUGAGAAAGGGAAAUGUGAGUAUUGAAAUAAGUGAAGACAUGAAAGGAAAGAGAGCAUUUGAUCAUGGAGGUCAUCUACUAAACUGUAGUCGGGAGUCUCUGUAAACAGAAACCAACAGUGACAGCUGUCUGAUGUGAACAACCCUUCUGCAGGAUGAACAUACAUUCAGAGAUCAGCAAUUACAUUUACAUUUUUUUGACCACAACUUCCAAUUGGGAUGCUCUCAUUUGUAGCGUUGUCAAACAAUAUGAUGUUAACUCUCUGUCUUGUAGUUGAGUCUGCAGUACAGCCCUUCUGUACUGAUUUCACCUGACAGCUUAUCAGCUUGAUAAGAACUAUCAUCAGGGUUUCGUGACAUGCGUCAGUGAAUAGACUAGUCCAUUCCCUGGUUGCGCUCUACCAAGUGGACUGCCUGGAGCCCAUCAAUAUCAUUUUAAUGAAUUUUUGUCAGUCAGUGACGUAAAAGCAGCAAGAGUUCAGUGUAAAGCCACUGAAGCGGGAUUGAAUCUCAAUAUUGAAGAAAAGCCCAUUUAAAACACUUUAUUUUAUGAGAAACUUCAUUUUGUCUUUUGAACAUGUGUCAGUUUUAGUUAAGGAAAGAUCUGUAUUUAUGAUUCAGCUUUUAGUUAAAUCGCUGUGAAUGGUUGAACUGAAAGCUCAGACAUUUGAGACUUCUUUUUAAAAGUUGCUCUAGUCUGUACAAUGAAAAGGCUAAAAGUAGAGAGCUCACAUUUGACCAAAAAAAGGGAGUCCAUUCAGGGUCGUUUCCACUCAUGGUUUGAAGCCCUGCAAAAGCCUCACGCAAAUGUUGCAGUGAAUGUAACACACUGAAGGUGCUUUCGAAGCACAUUGAUAUAAGAAUAAUUUCAAAGCUUGAUUUGGAGUUUGGCUGAUUGCACCUGACAUAGAUAUCAAAUCAAUUUUAGAGAACCCUCAGGCGUAGACAGUAGGAUGUGUCUCCUCCUGCCCCAACACACGCAGUCCAGACAUGGGCCUCUGUUUAGAAGAAUGUGUCAGCUGCCUGUCACUGUUUGUCAGUGUGACAGGCAGUGAGCCGUGUUGUUUGUGGACAGGCUCUUCUUCCCAGUCCCUCUCUGUCUCUGCCGGUCUGCCACCACUCUGAGAAAUGGCAGUCACACAGAACGAGGCCCGGGUUUCCAGACCGCUGUGCCGUGCAAACAAUACAUAAACCCCCAGAUAUUCUCACAAUUAGCUUAGGUGCCCCACAUUCCUGACCUCCGCUUGCAUGUGCGUAUUUAGGCCAAAGGUCAACACUGCCGGCUCUGACUGGGAUAAAUCAUGCCGCUCCACACUUGCAGCACACUUGGACUGAUUAUUAUACUGGUGCUGCAUGAGGGAGGAAAGAGAGACAUUAGAGAAAGUGAUGGAGAGUGUUGUAGUUUUUAACUUAUGUCAACAAGCUGCUGUCAUGUGUAUGCUGAUAACUUUUAAGGUAUCCAAUCUGAUCUGGGGUUAAAAUUUUCAGUCAGAUACGAACACUUAAAUGGAACAACUUUUUAACUUUGCCUUAUUUCUUAAGCAAAGAGACUAAACACAACUCACCCACUCUCUUCCAGCAGCCGCUUGUUUGUAGGAAGACCUUGGACGAGUCCAUCACCGACCACAGCGGGGUGAUGCAGCUCAAGGGAGAAUGUUAUAAUCAUUUCUCUAUCAUUUCCUUGAAGUUAUAAUCAUCAUAUUAAUCAUUUUGCUCUGCAGAUGCGGUAGUUCUUUUGCCUUAGUGUCUUUUUCUGAUUGCAUUUCCAUGAAGAAAUGAUGUUUAGUGUUAAGGCUCUUUGCUAAAGAAAUUAGGCAAAGCUUAAAAGAUGUUUGAAGUUUAUUUCGAUCUGGUCAUAUCUAUUCAAUAUAUACAGUAGAUUACAAGAAAAGAAAACUGGACCGAAAAGGCAUAGGCUGAAGCAAGAGCUUAUUGUCGCCUAUCCUUCUUACUAAAUCAAAAUAUUCAAAACAUCUUAUUCCACACUAGUGCUAUGGCUGGGACCUUAUAUGUGCUGUUGAUGAAGUUAGGUGCUGUUCUGAGCAUUAUUUGUUGCGAUAGAGUGGUUUUUCAGCUGAUGUUUGUGUUUGGCUCCUGAGACCGCUGUGUAUUGCUAUCGUGCGGUCAUUACUAAAGUUGGUAUAACUAGAGAAGCAAGCGGUCGGCAACAUUCAUCUCUUGAGGGGGUCUCUAACUCGGUGUUACGGUGUGUUUGACCCUAAAUUAAUCUUACGCUGGAAUAUCCCUGUAAGCUGGACUUGCAUGGUGCUCUUUAUUAAAUUAGAUUAAUAAAUAAGGUGAGAGAGUGAAUUUGUCAAAAAACUUUACAUGACUAGAGCUUUUUGAUGGUAAUAACUUGACAAAUAGAGGAUCAUACUAAAAUGCGUUGCAGGGGCCUCUCCAGUCCUCCAAGGCCAACGUAUCUUCACUGAUGGGUGAGCAAUCUAGAUCCUGACAAUGCAGUAGUGCCAUCAGGACGUUGUUCUGCUGUCAGUACUUGUACACUGAAUCUGCAUCAGCAAAACAUCGGCCUCCCAGUGUGUGAUUUCAUAUUGUGCUACAGGGUUACAGAAGCUUGAGAGGCAUAACAUGUAAACAUACAGUGGGAAAUCCACACACACAUAUAUAUUCUCUGGCGGGAAUAUAUAGUGCUGGUCUGCCCUACCAGCUCCAAUGCUACACUUUUCCACUGUCUAGUUUCUGUUGAUAUCCAGUUUACAUUUACAUUUUUACAUUCAAAUAGUAGAGCAUUACAAGCAUCACAGGCGCCACUACUAGCUGUAGCUAAUUUUCAUUAAAUUGACUAUCAAUGCUGGUGCAGACACCAGUUGACUUAAAAGUGUGAAUCGCUUAAAGAGUCCUGCCUUGAUCCUAAAGGGGAAUCAAUGCACCAGAGAGGCAGGACACGCAUUAACAGUCAUCACUGCAGUAUUGUCAUAUUACAUUUUAAAUAUUCACCAGUUUAGUGGCAGACGUACUCUGCAGUGUCUCUGUGUUUUACAAAGACUUUAAGAAUCUUUUAGCUCCUUGUUUUUAUUUUAAACAAACUGCUUAAGCUGUGUUCAGUAAAAAACUUGAGGUUUUAAAAAAAUAAACAAAUAAAAACAGUAUAACGACUAAAUACUCUUAUAAAUGCUGCUUAAAAUGCGGCUUAUUUUUGUCUAAAUCUUGAAAUAAUUUGAAAGGAAGUCUUUUAGUGAACCAUGAAAACAUCAGCUGUUUUCAAUAAGGUCUUGAUCAAAAGUUUUCUUCAACCCAGCGUUAUUAUCUUGAGCUCGUGUUAAAGACAAACACUGACAGAGGAAAAACAACCCAAAUCAAUCUGAAAUGAUUCGUGGUUUGGCUUAUUGUUUGUCAAAUCGAAUCCGAGUCAUGUUCAUGCUGUCUUUCACAGCUAAGCUUGUUGCUCCACAUGGCUGUUUUCCCUCUCAGAGCUCACAGAAAUGAUAUAAUGAGUUCUGUUUUUGCCCAUUAACACGUGACGUACAUCCCAGACAUGCCACUGGUUAAUCCCCUACACACGCCAGCUGACUGAUAGACAUAACAUCCCAUAUGUUCAAAUGAUUAGUGGCAGCUUGCUGCAGCAGUGACUCCUGUCUUUAUUUGGUCAUCCCGCUGCUCAGAAAAAGGUUGAUCCUUUUGUAACGUAGGAAAAGAGAGCCCGCACCAGACGCAGAGGCCACUGAUGAGACUCUUCUUUUGUUCUGAAGCCGACCAUCGGUGCACUGUGUCGUAUGCUGUCCUCAUGGGGCGAGAUGUGCCACAGAGCAUGAGUCUGCACAUCCUGAAAUAGGCCACGUUUGUCAGCCAUGUGUCAGUAUGAACUCAGUUACCUUUGAUAUGCAGAUGUGUCUCUAGUAACCAGCUGUCAUGCAACAACAGCAUGACAUUGUUUUUGGUUCAUAUGAGCCCUUUAUUGAAGCUGCUCUAAGUAAGCUAAAUAUUAGCCAUGGCUGAAAAUGGAAACACUAAUGCUUUCUUGAACUCAUUCUGUCAUUCUUAGAAAACCUCCUAACGUGAUAUCGAAUAACUCGUUAUAAAUACCAUGCUUGGUAUUUUUGUAACUCAAUCAUUGUGUUUUCCAUGUUUUCUUCUUUUACAUCUUUAUACCAGUUUAUGUUCUGAUCUGUUAGCAUCACUUCAUAGCGCCCCUCUAGAAACCCGCCCAGUGAAAUAUCGUUUAAUGAUAAUAAAUAAGUCUGAGGCUAGCAAAGUUUCAUGUAAGUUAAAGCUAACAUUUUGUCAUCAGCCAGUGUUUUUCCACCCAAAAUAUGUUUUUUAAAUCGUUCUGAUACCCACUUCUCAAAUAAUUUGCCAUAAGAAGAUCCUGUUCGGUGUUAUUUCUGAAAGGAUUGUUGGUGCUGUAAGGAAAAGAUGCUGUUGCAGUUUUAGGAGGAGGUGAUAUCACUCAUAAAACGGUUGUAAUUCAACUAGUCUUUCAGUUGUUUGCACUUUCUUUCCGCACAGCAAGGAGGUUCCUGGUUCAAAUCCCAGCUGGGGCCUUUCCACGGGGAGUUUGCACAUACUCUCUUGUGCUUGCAUUGGUUCCCUUCUCCCACACUCCAAAGACCUGCUGGUUAGGGUUAAUUGCUGUCUCUAAAUUGCUUGUAAGUGUGAACAUGAGAAUGUUUUGUUGUUUAUCUCCAUGUCACUCUGCCUCCUGCCUAAUGACAGCUGGGACUUGUUCUAUCCCCCUUGGAGCCUGAACAGGAUCAGAGGUAUAGAGGGAUGGAUAUUCUGAGUUGCACUGUCCUUGGUGUAGAGCUGUCUCUGCACCCAUACAUACCAUCUCACUAUUAUUGGAGCCAGACAGACUCACAUUUAUGCGAUUAUAGGGAUGUUUCAUGAAGUAAAUGACUAAUUUACAUGUCAUCGUCCAUCUCUUAUGAUCCGAACACUCCUGUACUGAUGAGGAAACUUGGUUUUGGAUGCAGGUAGAGUCGAGCUUUCAUUGGUUUUCUCCUCUGACAUGAUUUCCUCACAUUCUGCACCAAAGACUGGUUGGCUUGCUGUUUACUGAGUUGUUUUCUUCCUUCGCUGCUUCAUCUUCUCUCUGUUUUAUGGCUGCGGCCAAUCAGCUCCAAGAAUUUCUACCAACCUCCGACUGUUAACCACUUACUUAUGCUGAAUAACCAUGUGUGCUUGUUUACUUCAUACUCUAGCCACUAUGUUUCUAUUAACCCACCACCACAAAUAAAUUCCCAUCCUGUGGGAAACACUGAUCUAUUUCAUGUAUUCUCAUGACCUGCGACAUCAGUCUGAUUCCUGUCAGUACAAAUCUAAUGUCUAACUGUAAUUGUAAAAUGUAUUUAGCGCUUGAUGUUGCCAUGAUGGUUCAGUUGUUGUACUCUGGGAGCCACUGUGUGUAAACCAACAUUGGUCUGUGCCCUUAUAUGAUGAAUAGAUGUGUAAUCUUUUGACAGUAGGAAAGAUGAAUGUGAUUAUUUUUGUCUAUAAUCUGCUUUAUCCUUUGUAGACAGUUGGCACACAUAUUCAAAAACACUUUCAGGUCACACAGUGAAUAUUCUGACUGCUAAAAAAAACUAAUUUUAUAAAUGUUAGAGCUGCAUUACAGAUAAAAACACUCAGGCUUGUUUUUGCCAAAGGGUUUCCCUCUGAUCAGGUUAUGGAGUUUAACAAAGAGGAGGGGGGCAGAUGUUACAGUGUUUGAGGAGCCCAGGGAAGGCUUUCUCGUUAUGAUGUGAGAUAUACAGUACAGUGCAGUUGAUCUGUAGCGCGUCAUGCCUCGUUGUUGCACAGGCUUUAGAGGGUCUUUUUUUUAUUGGUGGUUGUUAGAGCCUGGCAUGUAACAAUGACCUGCAAUGUAAUAAAAUAAAGAAAACCUGAAAUGUAAUAAUAGCUCAAGAAUGUAACAAGAAGCUGAGCCCAAAAUGUGAUAAGAUUUUGCCCAAAAUGUAGAUACUUGUUACAUGUUGGGUCAGUUAUUACAUUUCGGGUUAUUGUUACAUAUCGGGCUCUGACAUUGCUUUUAAAUAGACACAAGUUAUGUGUCUAGAAGAUCAGUGCAGAUCAGAGUUGUUGUCCUUGUUUUUGUAAUGACAUUACACAACACUGAUAUCGAAACAGUUGAGACAACGCUGUGUGAAAUGUUGAUAAAAACUUUUGAUGCAUUUCAGAUUAUAACUGAAAAACAGAAAUUCCAGCAUAUUCUUCAGUCCUGAGCCCAUUUAAGAUGAACUGAGUCAAAGUUUAAAAAAACUACCAUGUGGUCUGAUCAUAGACUGUAUAUAGAAUGGACAGCACCUGCCUCCUUGCUGGGUGAAGCCACCCAGAGAACAGCACCCUCUGGUGACUGGCUGCAGUAUAGGUCAUAAAUCCCGCCUCCUCCAGCAAUCCCUAUGGAGUUGUGGACAAACUUUAGAAAUUUAUUACACAGAACAUAAUUUUUUCUCCCCCCUGCUUGCGAUGUUGACAUGUAGUUACAGUAAGACUGGUUUGUGCUCAAGUCCUCUUUUUUCUGUACAGCUCCAUUUUUAAAAGUUAUUAGGGGGUUCAUGUUUUCUAUGAUUGACACUUGAUACAGCCUAUGGGCGUACAUGAAAUGCGUCGCUCACCCCGCUGUUUCAGGGAAGACCUUGCAUGAUACAGAAAAGCAUCGGCAUAUUAUACAACAGCAUGGCUCUGUAGUAGAAGGGUCCAGGUGCUGUCCAGGUGUUGUUGCAAUAGUUCAGGAGACCAUGAACUAUUAAGCAGCUAAAAUCCUACAUCAUGAAAAAACUCCAGAAUUAGGUCCUCUGGGUCUCUUCAAACUUCCACUUUUACAAAAGGAAGUGAUGUAACCAUAGACUGUAUAUAGAAUAUAGUAUAGUAUAGUAUAUACAGUAUAUGGAUGUAACACAGUGUCAUAGCUGCUUUAAUAGAUGGCUGCCAUCAAAUUAAAAAUGAGCAUAUAGUAAUGUUUUUCAGUUUUGUGUUCUGAAAUAUUGUCUAAUGAAGUCUAAUGAACUUUAGUAUUGUAUGCCAAGACAGAGCAAUAAGACAAGAUAAGACAGUAAUCAUUUAUAAGUCUCACAACAGAGAGAACUGCACGGUCACAGCAGUGCUGGCACUCUACUGAAAUAAUAAGUUAUCCCAGCCUUACUUCAGAAAUGUCUAAAAGUGCUAUCGUUAAUUUCUCAAGCUCACAUAUGAAUACAAAAGGACCCCAUGAACACACACUCAAACACACACACACGCUCAGACACACACGCACAUGCUGUCUCUAUUGGGGCUACAUUCAGACACAUUGUUCUCAUUAGGUUUCUGGCAGAAUGGGUUCAAAGGGAGAGAGAGAGAAAGAAAGAAAGACAGAAAGAAAGAAUGACAGAAAAGAAGGAAGAGUAAAACAGGAGGAAGUUUAGGAAGGGAAAGACUGAGGUAGGGAGGAAGGACUUUACGAGAGGUGUGGGAACAAAGGAGAGGAGGAUGAACAAGAGGCAAAGAGAGGGGGACAAGAGGGAGGAUGAAAAUGGACACUGGUGUGCAGGAAGAUAGAGGGAGGAGGAGGGUGAAAGAGGAAUGAGAAAAGAGAAUUAAGAGAGUAACAGACUAAACCACAGGGGAAUUUCUGGCCAGUUUUGGGGGGAAAAUGGAGAGGCUGGGGUCUGAGUGCAUGACUUGUAACUCUGUUAGCUAUUAUUUGGUUAUUUGGGCCAUACCAAAAGAUUAUUACUUCUGUGUACAUUAUGAGAAAGAGGAGAGGAAGACAGUUUGAAGGCGGUUUAUAGCUCCUCACCGCUAACAGCUAACACCACAAUCAAAUAUGUGUCGAGUCAGACUCUUAUUCUCUUCAUUUGCUCUCCUCCACUUUUUCACGUUUUCCUCUUGACUAGCCUCUUCCUCGUUUUCCUCUUCCCCUCUGUUUGUGCAGGCGGUGAGGUGUGAAGGAGGCAGAUGAGCUGGCCUCGUGGGAUUUUUGGUCCAGCGGGGGGAUCUUCCUUACAUACUUUGAUGUAGAUAAAAACAUACACAGAGGCAGAAAUGUGUGGAGCUCUCACACUGGGAUGAGCAGGCAAUCCUCUGUGUACAGGCCUAAUUAGCAAAAGUGGAGCUGAGUGACAGGCCUGACCAAACUAAUGAGCUCUUUCAACAGCUCCUAAGGAGAGAGGGUUAGACUGACAAACAGAAUGCAUUAAAAAAUCUCCUUACCCGAGAGUAACAGGCUGUGAAGAGGAAGAGUUAUUAGUCCUGGCAGGAUAAACUGGGGAAAUUUGUAACAUGAGGAAAAGUCCAAACGCCGCUGUAAACAUAUGAAGAUCUGCCGGCAUUUCAAAUGUCUUACAGCUGCUGAAAAGAGGAGAGCCACACUGCUGAGGAAGAAAUCAAAUCUCUUCCAACUUGGGUUGAUUCAACAUGUUCAUUAAGAUUAAGAGAGCAUUUGUGUUUGUUGAUGACAGCCUUUUAUCUGCAGAUGGCAUGCAUGUGAGCAUUACAAGAGCAAACAGACACAGGCAGAGGAUCAGCACAGAGCUCUUUCAACAACAAAAAAGAGACAGUUUUAACUGCCUUGUAACUACAGACACAAUAUCACUGACUUUUCCAAUAACUCUGACAAGAAACUCACCCUCUUCUCUUAAAGUACAGCCUACGCUUGUUUAUCUUGGAGUGUACUGUAAUCACUGUUGGGAUCCUUUUGCUUUUACUGCUCCAUCUUCAGGCUGUAGUUUUUAUUUGCCAUUUAUGACCAAAUACCAGCAAAGCUUCUGAGAUUUCCAUUAGCUCCAGGCUCUGAUCUAACUCAUCUGUUUUUAUUGUGAGUGUUGAUUUAAACUGUAAAGUGCAAACAGUCUUUUUUUUUCCCCGGAUGCUGUUUUUAGCACCGUAGCAGUGCAUGUACUGAGAAGGACAUUGGCCACAUGAGACUCAAAAGUUAUAGUAACACAAUAAAUGUUAUUCUUUUUACAAGUUAUCAUGUUAGCACUGUCUUUGUGGACGUCAACUUCAGCAAGCAUGAAGCUGACAUGUCCUCAAGGGUUGGUACACAGUCACUAAAGCUGCAAGUAAGGCUCUUAAUUGUAGAUCUUGUUUGGGAAUCAUUACAUAGAUAGAUAAUGCGUUCAAACCAAGAUUUGGUCCUUGACUCAUCUAAGUUACAUUUCGGUACAGUAUCAAAGCUGGAGUGUACUGUCGGCGCCACAUUUAUCAACAAACUCCUACUUUGUAAUGUAUUAUCUUCCAAUUGUGAGUAGUCCAAGUGGUAUCUAUCCAAAACACUUACAGGAUGACACACAAAUCUCUUUACUGCAGCUUGUUUUCAACAGUAACAGUGGUGUCACAGUGCUGUAAGAGACAGCACAAUGAAUUAAAAUGACUGUGUGUAUGCAGCAUCGCAGCUGUUAAAAGCUGCUUCAUUCAGUGAGGCUGGGUUUGAUUUCCUUUGCUUUGUGGAAGACUUCAACUGCUGCCAGCUCUUUUAUUUGUUCAUAACAACAAACAGAAGAAAGUAAAUAGUUCAGUUAUAAGAUGGCAAAUACUUCCAACUAGAUAAACAGCAGAACAGAAUGUGACAACAGUGGAAAAAAAGCAAGAUUAAAGAAGUUUUCGGUCACAGUAUUAAAGUUCCUGAAGAUAUCUUUGAAAUUCGGGUGUUCAGGGAUUUUAAUAUGGACAACUUCUUGUUCGCUUGGUUAUCUUCUUAGUAGCAAAACACAUAACUCAUGGUUUGAUCUCUUCUUUGUAAUGUCUCAUAUAUAGUUGUAUGCCAUCAACCAAUCAGAUUAAGGUAAAGCAGUCCUCUUGUCCCAACCCUAAAGGGUACCAGUUUCAGACAUUUUAUUGACUCAGAAACCCAAACUAGAGGUGUAAGAUGUUUGUAGAAUAGACAACAGAUUAUUCAGCAUCAUUUUUUUUUUUCCUUUUUUCACAACUAUUUGUCUGCUAGAAAUUAUUUCAACAAACACUGAUAACUAACGUCAUCUAGAGGUCUCACCAUUAACUCACAGAGCCGUCAGUUUCGGGAAAUCUAUUAUUUUAGACAUAAAACCCUAGUAUGUACUGUAUAUGCAAAUCAGCCAAAUCUUACUGUUCACUCAAAGUGAAAGUUAACUUCUGAUAAACUAGUGUGUGCACUUUCCCCUUUCCAGGGAACAAGCAGCAUUGUGAAACACCCCGCCAGUGCAAGCAAAUGCAAUUAUUCUAUAUCCUCGUUUCCCCUCUUGUGGAUUGAAAGGCUUGUUCUUGCAGGAAACUGACACAUACACGUACAGCUGUAGGUUCACUGGUUUACUUAUAAGCCAGUCUGGCAGUUUGAUGAACAGCAGUAAUUUUUUCGUCUUGUACGCAAACGUCAACAUUUCCAGACAUGCUUUCCAAUCUGAAAUGUGAAGUGUCAAGAAUGAACAUGUUUAUUUUCUUUCAAAUCUGAUUUCUUUUUCUUCUUGUUUUAAGUCUUACUCAUCUUUGAUGUAUUUGCAUGUCUCAGGCUAUACAUGUACGUGUCAGGAUUUCUGUCAUGGGAUCCCUCAGGGCUUUGUUGAAGGUCCUUUUCUUUUUCUGCUGGUUAUUUUUGCAACCUUUUCCCCUGUAAAUAUGAAUUCAAUUUGAAGGGCUGGUUUCAAAAUUCAUAAAUACACAUGCUAGGUAAAAAUAAAAAAACUAACCAGCAUGUUUUAAGUCUUGAGCAGCCCCUGCUUCGGGGCUUAAUUGUGAAGAUAUAAUCAUUUUCAUGUUGUAGCUUUGGUCCUCAUAAACAUGACUGUGACAGAUAAAGUUGCUGUCAAAGAGAAGCAUGAAAAUCUAAAUCAAACAGCAAGAAAAGAAAAUGCUAUCUGAUAUUUCUAGGACAUUUACUGAAUUUGACAAAAAUGAAAGUGAAUAAGAAUCUCACACCUAACCUUCAAUCCCUUUUUCAGCUUUGACACCCAGGUUCAGACAUGCCUGAGUGUCUUCCUGACAUCUCCAGUUGGAUUUAUGCCUACUCAGGCUCAACGCAAGUUGGGCGUUGUUUCCCUGAAAUAAUUCCCCCCUUUAAAAAAGUCAACCCUGAGAGAACCGCAGUGACUGGUCUACCAGAAAUAUCGUCUUGUUACCAGAAGCUGCUCUGUCCUCCAAGGCAAACUGUUCCCCAGAACAUCUUCAAUUCUGAAACUUCCUCAGAAAACUGAACUUAGAAUCUUUGAUAUUUGCAGUAAAGCACAUUUCAUUUCCUAUUGUCUUAUAAACUGCAUUACUCAUAUUUCUAUUUUCCAAAAAGAGCAACUGUGAUGCCACUGGAUUUCUGACAAAAUAUUUCCAAUUUGGAAAUCUAUUCAUGUCAUUUAUCGCUGAACCUUUCAGUUAUUGACAUGAGAUACCAGCGCUGACAUGUGACACGUGACAUUGUUGAUUGUCUCGUCUUUCCCGUCACAUGCUUUGAUGUCAUAUGUUCUUUGUGAAGAAAUAGUGACAGAAAUACUGAUUGUUUUUUUCCCAAUGUGAUGUCUACAAGCAUGGAAAAAUCUAUUGUGAAGUAUUUGGCCAUGUAUUGUGUAGGAAAGUUAUGUUGCAAGUUGAUUAAUUGUGUGUAUUAUGUUGUGAUAUUGUGAUAAGCAAAGGAAAAUAUUACAGUUUCUUUUACUGGAGUUGAUUAAAAUGCAGAUUACUGCAGCACAGUGAUGCUCAAUAAACUGAUCUUCAAGUAUUUGAAGACAUAAACAGAAAGCCCACUCAGUCUCCAGAGGAAAAAUAUCUUUACUGAACAUCUUUCUACCAAAUCUGAUUAUUAGGCUGGAAUAAGCGGAAGAGACAUCCCCUCCCACAUGACCCAAACACAAACAAGGGUACUCAGGAAUGCUCUCACACUUACUUACUCACUUACUCAAAAGUACUUACGUUUGCAGAACUGAUUCCAGACCUUGUUGGUAUGGGCGUUGUGGUUAGGAGGGCCGGUGAAAUGAGGCUCCAAUUCUUGGCUCGUUGCCUCAGCAUUACUCUGAGUCAUACAUAGAGUAGUGUACACACAAUAAUGCACAGAUUCUUGCACUCUGCAGCUCUCUAAGCCAUCUUAGUAUUCUUUGUUGAGCUCAUUUUAGAGUCGUGCACAAGCACACUGCUGCACGUACAGAUCCUCUCAAACCCAAUAUCUCAGUCUGUGUUCAACAAUGACCUCACCUCCUAAGAGUCCAGUCUCAGGUUUCAUACAGAGCAGAAUGACCCAGUGGGCCAACACAAACACUUAGACACACACACACACGAACUCAGACACUUAUAUUCACACUGACUGUGCACUCAAACAGACAAAGGAAGCUUGCAUUGAAGAUAAAAACCAAGGAGAUAAAAUGAUCAAGGGAGGAGGAUUAAAGUAAGAGUGCAAGUGAGGAAAUGUUCAAGGAGGUGUAGAAGUCCACAGGGACAAAUUUGUACUUUGUAUCCACCCCAUCAGAGUUAAAACCAGCAUCUUACAAACUUAUAGCUGACCCACAGAGCGCGCAGCUGUACAGCGACAUCAACUCUUGUUUUUCUAAGAUAAUUUCACACAAGGGACCUCUUUGUCCUUUAAAGACUGAAGAUAGCAGGAGCUGUUUACAUUCCAAGUAUUUGGCUCCGACUGUGAUCGACGAUUAUUUCCAUUAGAACUCCUCACCAUAUGAAUACUUAUGGAUGAUAAACACAGGUCAAAAUCUAUUUUCCAUCCCACAUGAAAUUGCAGGCAGAUUGUUGAGAGGAUGAAACCACAGCUUUCUCCCACCAUGUUUAAAAAGUCUUACCCUAACUGGCCCCAAAAGUGCGGAUUAAAUGCGAACUUCUCUCAGAAACGGCCCAAAGUGUUUCCUUAUGGCUCGGUUCAUAACUGGCCGCACAUUAUAUUCUGAGUGACUGGCUGUUAUUGAGUUGAAACCCACAGAUGGUCAAGCUAUCAACACAGUACUUUCUCUAGAUCUGUGGAUAUUCAUCAGUGGUCUGUUUGUGUGUACACUGCUUACUUUACCCUUACACAGGAUAGUAAAUCUGUAUCUGUGGAUCUCUGUUUUUUUGUAGUGUUUUGUACAUGAUUGGGUGAAUUAGAAAGAGAAUUAUUGAUCAAUAGAAACAAUGCUAGAAAGAUCAUCUGCCUUUGUUGUUUAUUUAUGUAGAGACAAAUCUGUAGAUUGGUUCCUGUGAAACACAACUACUGUAUUUGAUGGAAAUCAGCUGAUAUAUCCACUUUUUUGCUUCUCCACAGUGAAGUACAUCCGUGAGGUUUCUCCGCUCUUUAAAAAGCCAUCCCUGGUGGCUGAUCUACCUUGGGAUGGAGCCCGCCCACAGUCACCCAGUUACAGCGGCAGUGAGGACUCGGGGUCACCCAAACACAGCAGCUCCUCCUCCAAAGACAGAAAGGUCAUAAGUCUGAAGAUGUGUUUCAUCAGCAGGAACCUCACCAUGCCAGAUCUGGAGAACAGGUACAAUCCCAGACUCCUAAGUGUGUGUGUGUGUGUGUGUGUGUGUGUGUGUGUGUGUGUGUGUGUGUGUGUGUGUGUGUGUGUGGGUUACAGAAAAAUUAAUUAGCACGCAGGAUUUCAGGUGUGGUUGGGUGUGUGCGCAAUUUUUUCCCACAUUUUGUUCAUGACAUUGGAAUGUUUGAUUUGUGGAGGGUGAAGGUUGCGGUGAAAGGCUUUUUGGGUUUGUGGUUAUUAAAUAAAUGUGGUGUAGUUAAGUUAGUAGUCAACUGCUGAAAACUCGUCAUCACCAGGAAUCAUCAGUGUUUAAAUGUUCACUCUGUCAUCAAAAGUAAGCCAGAAAAGAAAUGACACUGCUGUAGUUGUCUGAACAUGUAUGGUUGCAGUUCAAACUGGGAAUAGUAGAGACUAAUGCAGGCUGACCUCUCACAGCCAGAAACUUAGUAAAAUAAUGUUGGGUAAAAUCCACUGGCUGUGGCCUAGCGGUCUUAGCAUACCUUAUAUACAGUAACCUGGCUCCUCUCCUGAAUGUCAAACCCCACCCUGGGGGUGUCCUGUCUUUUCUAAAUGAAGGCCCGAGCAAAAGCCUGUUGAUUCUGGUCACAGUGUUUGGUGAAUUUGAUACUGGUCACUUGUAAUAAAACAUUGAGUAGAGUGAUGUCCAAUGUAGAUUAUUGAUUAUGCAAUAUAGAUUAUUGCACUGAUUAUUGGUAGUUCAUGAGACCUAUAGCUGAUAUUUGGAACUGAUCUGCAUUUACGAUUAAAAUUACAAUUUUUCUGUCCAAAUGAAAUAUUUUAAACUCAAACAUAAAACUUUGUUAAACUGCCGAGCCGGUGCUGAACUUGAGCCGGUGCUGAAUACUGGUCGCAAUGAUUGACGUGAAGUCAGACUCUUCCUAUUCCAAUGGCUUCAAGACCGAAGCAGUGGCAUGUGUGUAGACUGUCUUGUGAGUGUCUUUUUCCUACCAUAGAAGACAUAAAGUAAAGCUCACAUCAUGUGUAAUGGUGGUAUUGUGUGUAUUCAGUGCUUUGAGAUCAGUGUUUAGCUUAAAAACUCAUCAGCUCUAUUGAUCAUGCUUUUUGGUUCCUGACAGCUGAGUUUGGUACAGUCAGGAGUCUUAAUUUGUCAAGGACAUGGAUGAUGAGACAAGCAAAUUAAAAACAAUAGACCAUUAAUAUUUCCAGCACUUUAUUAUUAGUUAUGGAAGCACAAAAUUAAAGCAGUCUAAAAAAAUCAACCUCGGGCUGUGUGUCCGGCUACUGAUGAAUUUUUAAUUUCUUCCUUUAAUUGUAAGUUUUUUUGAUUGUGAAAUUUCAUUAGAAGCUUAAAAAAUGUUGUGAUGCCAAAACAGUAAUAAAUAAACCUUGUCCUCUUCAGACUGCUGGAGCUUCAUUCCCCGGACGGCCAGCACACGGUGGUGCUGCGCUGUAAAGACGGCCCCUCUGCCAACUCCUGGUUCACCGCCAUCCACACCAACAUCGCCGCCCUGCUGCCACAGACCCUGGCUCACAUCAACGCCUACCUUGGGGCCUCUUCUUCAGCGUCCACACACCCUCAUCUGAAACACAUUGGCUGGUUGGCUGAACAGGUAUUUUCAGCGCUGAUUGAUUUAACAACUGCGUGCUAUCUUAUACAGGUGAUAAUCCCUCUCAGUUGCUCAGGGCUUACUGCUAAUCUUUAAAAAUUAGAUUCUACGCAUCAACACUGAACAGGAUAAAGACAAGAAUAACACAAAUGGAGAGUCUUGAAACACUCAAGCAUAUGAAUAAUAAUAAUAAUACAACAAAUGACUAUAAAAAUAGAUUAUUGACCUUGGUAGAUCCAAGCAUAUCUGUAUACAUUUAAUCCCCAAGCAUCUCUGUUGUGUUAGUUUGACAGCCAGCAGAGGAUAUACACUGAUAAUGUUCAGCGUUGCCUUAAUGAUGCUAUCAGACUCCUAUAAGUGGUGGCUUAAGUGCAUUUUUGCUGGUCUAGCCUAACAUAGCAUUGCUCAGAUUCAAUUCAUUAGCUAAUUUACUUUCACAGAAUAAAAAACUUUAUUCCUAAAUCAAGUCAAAAGUAAAAACAUGCUCUGUUUAGUAUACUCACCCGUCUUAGUUUAAUGUCCACCCUAAAGCCAUCUCUAAUACCAACCAGAUGGAGACGUUGUGUAAAUAGUCGGCUGUUUACCAAAGCUAAUGAGCCAUCAGAAUAUUUAUUUGAAUUUUGAUCACUGUCAGAUAAAUUGACUGUAAGAAUUUGUAUAAAAAGUUGGUUUAUCUCUGAUUCGAUCAGAUGUAAAAACCUCAUUAUGUCAAAGACUAAAAAGCACCAAACAAGAACAGACCAUGAGGACUGAAGUCCGGGUGUUGUAUUACUGUUUUUGCUUGACUGGCUCUUUGGUUGCUAUGGCAGUGUAUCACUUUGCACAGUGAUGGAAGUUGGGAAUGUUAACAGCUAAAUAUCAUCAUCACCAUCUUCCUACGCUGGUACCAGAAUUGCUUGUCGGUCAAACAAAUAAGUGAUAUCUCCGUCUUUUUAGGCCUGAAAUGCAGGUCAGAUUUUGCGUCUAAGGUGUAGCACGGCCACCUGCCAUUAGUCAGGCUGUGGUAUCAGCUGAUGUCUGCUGCCAUGAUUCUGGAGCAAUCUACUAUCUGGAUGUAAACAAGCACAGAUGACAGAUUGUACCUUGUAGUGCGGAUUUUUAUCUGUAUAAUGAAGAUAAAGCUGUUAUGUAGGCUGUGCCUAGUGAGACUGAAAAAUAACCACUUGAUCAGUGGUCAGCAUUGUGUAACCUGCACACAGACUCAGUGAUCUUGUGCCAAGCCUUAUUAAAUAAAUCCAUUCUGAUAGUUUCAGAAGUGCCUUAAAUCAUCACGUCAUCACAAACCUGGGCUUUUCUCCAGCACAUCCAAAACUGUGGUUGGGCUUCAGUUAAUGGUUUCAUUUGGUAUCUGGUCAAAGGUCAGCAAAAUACCCAGAUUAGUUCAACAUCACAUGAUGUAUUUUUGUACUGGAUCCUUUUUCCCUCCAUUUUCUGUUUCGAUUGAAAAUGAAAAUGAAAGUGUUGAGUGUCUACUUUUUGUCUGUAUAAAAUGUGUUUCAUUGUAGAGGAAGUUAAUAGUUCAAAGACUUUUAAAAAACUUUUCUCCAAACACAGAGGUAGGUCGGUUAGUAGGUAGGUGUUACCAUUGGCAACAACAGAAUCAAACGUUCCCUUAUUGUGUGUAAUACUGUUUUGUGAAAUAUCAUAUAUAUUUCCAAGAUCAAUUUGUAUCUUUGUAUUGAUCGUUUAAAUGCUUGUUAAGAAAAAUACCACCUAUAGAUGUCAGAAUGAAAGAGUUUCCAGCUGCUGUCUGGCUCGUGGCUGCUGUGAUCUAAUGUCACUAUUAGAGGAAGCAUUUGUUAGAAACAACACUGCCGCUGUUGGAUAUGCAGCUCAACAGCUGGUGAGUCUUCUUCAGUGAAACAAUCCAGCCUGUUAUGUUGUCUUCUUUUGUAAUGCCAGGAAUCACUCAUACAUUCAGUUGUGUUUAUGAAAGCUGUUGCGGCAGUCUGGGGAUUCAAGGUUUCAUCUCUCUAGAGGUAUGGGAGUUCACUUUUUUUAUUUACAAAGCAACAAAGCAGAGAAAAAAAUGACCUCAUGACACUUCGCAUACACAGUCAGUCCUCUACACCAUACUCCCAGCAGUGUUAUUCACAGUCAUCCAACUCAAUCGACCAUGAGCAAGUCCUUGGCAACAAUACUAGGACAGUACUCUAUUGAUGGACGGCCAUCUUCAGUGACAAGCUGGCUGGAGGAAGUGGGACAGAGACGGAGAGAAAGAGCGAGAUGAUUAAAGACAGACUCACAGGAGAACAGACAGACAGACAGACAGCAACAAUAACAACUAUGAUAAUAAAGCAAUGCCAGUUAUAUUAAUAGCAGAAUAGGACUCAUGUGAGUAACUGCUCUAAUCAUCACAAUAGGAUAAUGAAUAAUUAUCAUAACAUUAGUGCAUUGACAUGUCAUUUUGUGAUAAUAAUAGUCUGAUUUCUGAGUUAAUACUCACUCUCUGUGAUAAGAGGCUGACUAUGAAAGUUGGGACCCACUCUAAUCAAAUAUGACUCCCAGACUCUUUGUAAUGGUGCUUGAGGCCAGGAUUAAGUCAUGUGAAAUAGCUUGUCAAGUCAAGUUUCAUUUGUUUCUACAGCAUGUAAAAGAUGGUGUAAGUUGACCGCAGUGGUUUACAGACAGAGGCGGAAAAAAAACUAAAAAACUAAAUAAAAUGAUUCUCAAACUACUGAUGUGAGGUAUGUAGUGGAUAAGAUGAGAUCUUCAAUCUUAUCUUAAUAAUGUACGUAAUAUAACAUCCAUAUUUCACUCACAAAAAACAGUCAAAAGGUGCCUUAAGAAUCCUCACACAUGCACUGAUUAUAAUCAAGCCUUAUGGGACAGACAGCUGCACAUGCUUACUGAGAACACAUGCAGAGUUCACGCCUUACAACAGGCUGUGGUGUUGAUGAUAGCGAGGCUGCAGUUCAAGAGGUGAAGAGCAGACAAUCAGUGUUGUUAGAUUUAAUUUCAAGUACUUCAUCCUCGCUCCUGUGAGGAUAGUUUUGCUACAAAUGUUUCUCAAAAGAUACCAAUCUGCAGACUAAGUCAGAAAACAGCCAGCAAAAAGACAUACUCAGCAAAUUUGGUAAAGUCAUAUUUACUUUGAAAGAUUCGAUUUAAAGUCAAUAAUGUUUUUGUUAAGUUCAUUUUUAUUCAUAUCAUUAAUAACAUCUAAAACACCAGUAACAAGAGCAAGCUAGAAUAAUACAAGACUUUUACAUACGCAUUUUUCAGGGAUGCAAACUAUUGUGAAAAUCCUGAAAUACGUUAAAAUAUCAUUUUUUUGUCAAUAUCGCACACCUGUAUAAGGAAACAUGCAUAAUUUUAGAUAGUGCACAUACAUUUAUAAACCCACAUUGAAAGCCUUUUAACAGUUGGAUGUCAAAGACAUGAUGCUUUCUUAGGUUAAAAUACUGUGUUGAGUUGACACAUUUGAUGCAUGAAUGAGGUCGGUUUCACACACAAGCAACUCAAGAGACGAGGACACCCCUGAGUUAUCGUUCAGCCUGAGGGACUGCUCAGACAACCUGAGUGAUGGUGCUGGGGUAAAAAGGAUUAAAAAGUCUGAUUAAUAAGAGGGAGCCAAUCCAUAAAGUGACAUAAAAACAAGUAAUUACAUCUUAAUGUGAAUUCUAAAUCAAAUAGAGUGAGUGGAGGAAGGUGAGUACAGAGCCGAUUUGGUGUGCCACUUCAAAAUAGUUUCUUCAGUGUUAAGAGCCAUGAACAAACACUUAGGUAAGUAGGAGGAAAUUGCAGGUUAUCUACUUCAUUUAUGUCUUUAACGCACAUGCUUCAGGUUUUAUUUACUUCCCUUUGUUUAAUUAACAGGUAUAACAUAAUCUGCACAACUAUAAAACCUAGCACUGUGUUUUCUGUUGCAUUUAGGGUGAGAAUAAAACCCGAUAAACUCAUUAAUUAACUUUGGUUUGCAUUGAGGGCUUAUCCUCAGGGUGUACAAACUGAGAUCAAUCUGAGAAUUGGGAUUUAAUUCAGGUUAAUUUUCCUCCCUAAUGCCAGUUAAAUUUUACUCUUGGUGUAAUAGGAUGUGAAACAUAUCCGGUCUGACAAAUCCAGAGAAAAAUAACCAGCUUCAAACUCCUCAGAUGGUUUUUACUCACCUUGGCUUUUAAAGAACCUACAGUAUGCACUACAUUAAAAUCCAAUUUCAGCAUCUUGAAAAACUUGGCCAGUAAUUAAUUUUUUAUUUGGCAGUGUUGGAAGGGGAUAAGGUGCAUUUUCAGGUUUGGUUAAUAUCAAGUUAAAACAGGAUGCUCUCUAAAGGAAAUGGUUUCAGUGGGGUUUGUAGCUUAGUCUGCCACAGUACCUGCUUCAUUACACCUGCGUCACUGCACAUACCCAGACCUCAAACAUACACACUGGUGUAUCAGCUCUGAUGUAUGAACUGCAGCCACGCACAGGAAGAGUGUGUUUCCUUAUGUGACUGGAACCUGGGCCAAAAACAAGAAAGUUACUGUGAAUGUGUUUGUUUUUUUUUUAUUUUUCACAGUGAUGAAGUGUUGAAUGUAUGGAGGUCUGGGUCUGUUUAUCUGGACCGGGUUCAAACAGGAAACACCAAGUGCAAUGCAAGUUUCUGUGUCAUUGCACUGUUUCCUGUAAAAGCCCACCUACUGGCGACAGUUUCACCCACACUGUCACACUUUCUGGUUUAAUGUCAUUGCUCUUAAGAGGACUCCACCAAAAUUCAGACAUGACUCCAGAGUCCUAUUUUUACAACAGUGUUAAAAAUUCAGGUCAGACUGUCAGGUUGAGUUAACAGCUGUAAAAAUAUACCCUCAUCCCUCCUUUGAAAUGUGACCUUACUUUAAAACCUAAGGUGAUGUGACUUAAACUGUUAUAUUGUCUUUGAAUGGGUGAUUUUCAUUUUAGGAUCAAUAAAUGGAGGUUAUACAUUGCUACUAAUAGAUAGUUUGACUUCAAAGUUCUGACAACAACUUUUUCUGUUUAGGUCCAGUUAGAAGGUGGACGGCAGCAGUACAAGCCUGUGGUCAUGGCUCUGACGGAGAAGGACAUCCUGCUGUUUGAAUCUGUACCAUGGAGCCGAGAGUCCUGGUCCAUGCCUCUACUAACACACCCGCUGCUCGCCACGAGGUAGAGACAACACUCAGCAGGGUGACUCACGCUGUCAGAGUGUUCAGAUCUCAGACCGGUCUGCCUCUUUCACACAGAUUUUUUUUACUGUCAUCAUAGUUGUGUAUUUUUGUGGGAGUUUACUAUUUCAAGUCCUCUGCUGAUCAUUGUGCCUACGACACAUUACUGACAAUAACAGAUACUGCUAUUCAUGGAAAGUACCAAAGGUUAACUGCUGCUCUUCACAUUUGAAAAUGGAAGUGAAGUGCAGUGCUAGGUCAUGGUGAAGUUGGUGGUGUCUGUUCAGAGAGGUUUUAUAGUCGUUAGUCACGUAUUUUUGGGAAACUUACGCUGGGAACCCCCAUCUGUGGAGAAAAAAAAGUACUGCAUGUGAGUACGAAAGCCCUGACAGGGAAGUGAGAAAACAAUAGAAAGAGACCAAUAGGCAUUUAGUCGUAUUUGAAAUGUGGGAAUUUUGUACUGUAGAGUAACUAUUAUAAGUCAAAGUUUCUUUUUUAUUUCCAUUUACUAUUCUCAUCUCGAUUUUUUUGUCAUCAUACAAAUAAAAAAAAUUAAUUAAGAUAAACAGCUUUCAAAACUGCCCUGGCAAAACUUUUAAUCUAUUUGGUUUAGAGACAUACUAUAAACAUCAAAUUAGACGUACAUACAUAAAGAUGUGGAUCAGCUUAUUUAUUAUUUUUUUAUUAUUGUCAUUAUAUUACUUUAUGUAGUAUAAGGGAUACAGUUCUCAAAACAAGCAGUCAACUGGUAUUAGCACUUCAGUUUCCAAUGGCAAUAAUAAGAGAGCAGAUCUGCUGAUUUAAGAUGCCAGUAUCACGUUGUUAUUAUUGUAUUAUAUAUUUGGUCAAAUACAGAAAUUGAUUCAAAAUAACAAAUGAGGCAUGUUAUUACUGAACUUGAAUAAAUGAGGUGUAGACAGAAAAACAUGUGGCUCAUGAAGAUAUUGCCACAGGGGGACUAUUAGAUUUCUGUCUGGCCAUCUGUAAUAAUAAAAAAUACAAAGUUUAGCGAGUAACUGUCAUAGGUUUGAAUGGGGGUCAUUAAGGAGAGAAAAAAAAUGUGUCUGUGUUAAUGUUGAUGUGAUGCAGAUUGUUUUUUACUGUCAUUAAUUGGCCAACUGAUGAAUCUGUCUUGUCAAAACCCACUAACGUGAUGGUGAUCAUAUUUACUUGACCAGUCAGCAUUAGACAGGGGCCCACUUCAGGGAAAGCACUCCUCCACAUCUUUGUAAAGUGACUGAUAAGGUGUUGAGCUACAGUCUUGUCAGUGCAGACUAUUUGUGUAAGAUGAAAAAUGUAAAUGAGUCCGUCCUUUUGUCUCUCUUUCUCUAGACUGGUUCAUUCUGGGAACGCUCGGGGUUCUCCGGCCCAAGGUGCAGAGCUGGUGUUUGCUACUCGGACGGGCACAGGGCGAGGCAUUGAGUCCCAUGUCUUCCGGGUGGAAACUCACUGGGAUCUGUCUUCUUGGACACGAGCACUUGUGCAGGGGGCACACGCUGCUGCUGAGCUUAUUAAAGAGGUCUCCAUCGGUGAGUAAUCAGGGGGAGGCAGUCAGUUAAUGUUAGUAGAAUGCAGAAUAGCUCAGGUAAAUCCACCAUACACGAUCUGCUCAGCACCAAACAACAUGUAAACAAACCAUCCAGUACACAAAGAGUGGAGAACUGCGGGGCUAAGAGAACUGUUCACAAAAAGUCAACACUACUGUCAUUUAAUAUCCACUGAAUACAUUUAAGUGGACCAGUUUGGCAGCCACCAAAACUGGUCAUAGUAAGUUAUAUUAUGCCCACUUUCACUAUUGAUCACAUGAAGUUCAGGCAAUCAGUCAACCAGCAAAAUCAGAAUGAAAAAACGCAGUGGAUCCUUUCAAACCAGCAUUUUUCUCUUUAAGCAAGUUUAUGGACGAUCACAAAAGCAAGAAAAUAGAAAGAUUGGGGAAGUAAACUGUCUUUUUGUUUAUUUUUACUGAGAACUGUACCAGAAAAUAGUCAAAUUUAUGCUCUGAUGGAAAAAAAAAAGUACAAAUAAAUAGUAUGUAUCCAUCUUAAUGGACCUGUGGUGGCUGAUUCAACUCCUGACUACGCGGCAUGUCUUGCUUCCCCUACUCUCCACUCCCCACAUUUCCUGUCUCUCCUGUCUAAUCUAUAAAAGCAACUCCCCCUCAUUCAUUAUUUGAGCCAAGUGUUGCUCAAAUGAUGAAUCUGUGCUUUUUUAACCCUUUUAACACCCUAUGUUUAGUUUCUACCAGUCACAUCAAUAUGCUGCAGUCUGGCAGAAAGAGUAAACAGGCCCCUAACCAGACGAUACUUCUAGAUAUUUGCCUGCAAUCCAACCCCACAUAACACCUGUACAUGACUUUUUUUGGAUCAACGCAUAUAAAACUAAGUGAUUUAUAAAAGCGUUUGAACUCUAAUUCACAUAAAAAGUUUGUGGGGUUUUUCUGGAACCUUUUCUUAGCAACUGGCUCGCAACACUGGCAGUGUGCAGCUCAGAGAGAGCUGUUCUGAGUAGGAAAGCAGGAGUUGGAGCCAGUAGAGGGGAAUGUUUUCACUCUGUGCAGAACAAUAGUUGGCUGCCGCAACAGCGCUGGAAAGCUUCAGCCUUUUUUUUUUCCUUCUUCCCUGUCCUGCUGCUGCACAAACGCACAGUUGUGCAGGAACAUUCAGGCCAGUGGUGUAAGAGUGAGACACAUGGAAAUGCUUUUGGAUCAAGUUACCUCACUGUUGCAGAGGGCGACAUUUUACAGAACAGAUAGAGUUGUCUGCGGGCCGCUGCAGAGAUCAACAUCCCAUCAAGGCUAAUAAAGAAAUCAUAGUUUGAGUUCGUGAUUCUUAAAGGGAGAGAGCUCACCUGCACCACCAUCAUAAAGGGCUCUGAUGUUUUCAACCUGGGCUCUACUUUUAUACACUUUGGGGUCUAAUUGACUAACAGGUACAUAAUGGUUUGGAAUAACUCCAAUAGAUAGCUUUGGCUGGCUGCUGCAAGAAAAACAGGCUGUAAUGGAUGCAACAUAAUCCUUAGGCCAAAUGUGCCUGAUUAAAGCAUGUCCAUUAUACAGUAAGUGCUGGUUUUGCCACUGACAGACUCAGAUUGUUAUCCAAAGUGCUUCACAGCACUGCAGAUGGGACCUGUUUUUGUCAGAGCGUAAGAUGCUUUUUUAAAACUGCACACAGCAGUUGCAUCCCUCCCUUUGAGUCACCAGUCUCAACCGUCAAAAAAACAGUGAAUUUAUUUAGUACUCUCUCAAAACAUGUAAAAUGCAGCACAGAUUGAAAUAUUCAGACAAAAUCCUGCUUUAAUAAAAGAAGUUAAAAACAUCUCCAUUAGUCACUGAGAAGAGAGACUGCUGUCAUUUUCCAUGCUGUGACUUCUGGCUUAAUUCAGUGUUGUUGUUUUGUUUUGUGUCCGUGUGUGCAAGUGUAUUUAUUUAUAUGUAGGUCACACAUUACUCACCCACACCUGCUAUUCUUAACCUCUUUUUCUCUCAACCUCUUUCCCAGGUUGUACUCUGAACAGACAGGAUGUUCGCCUGACGCUGCACUAUGAGAAAGGCUUCACUGUGACAAGAGAGCCAGUAGAACCAACAGGGGGCGCUGUGUUGUACAGAUACCCCUAUGAGAAGCUUAAAAUGUCUGCCGAUGAUGGAAUACGCAACCUUUACCUUGACUUUGGAGGUCCGGAGGGGGAAAUGGUGAGACAAAAAUAGUUUAAGUGUUUUUUUAACAUCCAAUCAUAUGCAAUCCCCCAUUAUAUGUUCAUUUUGUUUUUCAGUGGGAGAAAUGUUGGGUAGUUAAGGAAUGGCAUUAUAGCUUCCUCAAUAAUUCCCAGAUUUGUCUUUUAGUCUGAAAGAAACUUUUUGGACUGAAAAUAAAGUUCUGUUAACUUCAUGAUUAUCUGCAAUGACCUGAUUAUGCAGAAAUACAGAAAACUCACUGUGAGGAAACUGGAACCAGGCAAUAUUUCAUGUUAAGGCAUGGUGUUAUUGUUUGGGUUGAACAGAUUGUUUUGGUUUUGGGUUUUAUAAGGUACUUGUUAAUAGUGAGUCAGCUGUACCUCAAAAUAAGACAUUUCUCAGAGUGUGUGCUCUAUUUUGGUACAUAUUCUGUGUUUUACUUUACAGAUCGAUAAACCGUUUUCCUGGGCACAAAAUAUUUAUGUAUUUACCUGCAGUGCACUGAUCGGGUGAUGAGCCAAUUUGAAUUUUGCCUUGUGCAUAAAUUUUAGUAUGUAUGGCAAACAGAGAUGUCUGUAGAGUUUGUUUUUUCAGCUCCGUCUUCCUUCUUCAGCAGCUAACACAGUGUACGUCCAUAAGGUAAACAUAUUGUGUUGAAGAUGGGUUUGUGCCAUUGUGCAACAAAAAACAAGCAAACAAACUGACAGCUGAAAACUUACUCUGAGGACAAACUUUCAUUCUGGUUGUCUUGUUUUCUGAUUUAAAUUCUGAAAAUAGACGAAAAUUGGUGAAACAGCAGCCUUCUGUUCUGCAGUUGGUAAGUGAUGCAGACAGCAGCAGUCGUAUGUGGGCCGCUUAUAUUCUCUGAUCCAGAAAGGUCAUGAAGUGCUGUCGAUACCAAGUUGAACUCUUGACGGUUCUUGUAGUUCAUGUGAGUGAGCUGAGUUCACAGUUCACACAUACACCACCAGGUAACCUGGGAUAUCUACUGGUCUCCAGUUAGCGGUAAAGUUUCAGUUUGGUUGUAGAGCAUGUCCGUCUCAUUGAUGACCCCAACAUCUGAUCAGUGCACUGCAUGUAGAAGAACACAAAAUUGUUGCUUCUGAGAAGAGUGCACUUACAUCAGCGUUAGCUUUGGGUUGGAGUUUCCUAAAAUGAGCUAAAUUACAUGGAAGCGUUGACCCCGUCUGCAGCAGUUGAUAGCAUAGAUCCCAGCCAGUUUCUAAAUAAAGGGCAGAGCUUACUGGUGUCUGCUUUGGGUGAUAAAAUUACUAUUUCAUUUUGACAAAUACCUCAUCCCCUCCUUCUUCAAAAAUAAAAAGUAGAAAUGAAUUAUUACAUUAAAUUUAAUGAAGAGGUUUUUCAAAUUAACUUUGAGUUACAGCCUAUGGAGGUUUGUUGUUUCCUUUUUUUUUUACUCUUUAUAGGGACUGAUGUACCCAAUAAAGUGGGGAAGUGGAUUACAGCACAACACCAAUGACCUUGUGUUUUAUUAAAGGAUAGAUAAACUACUUUUCUGAAUUGAACCAUUAAGACCACAUACAGUCAGAACAACUAAUUAUAGUUGAAUUUACUGGCUUUGAAAAUGAAAUCACUGUCUUCAGUUACCUCAAGCUGUGAACAAAUUUUAAAGGAAAUAUGCAUGUGAGGGUUUCAAAGUGAAUGUAUUCAUAGAUGUUAGAUAUCUCAGGGUGGAUUGUGACAAAAAUAUUCUGCCCUUUUUAACAUUCUCAUGACUAUCUUUUCCUGUUCCAUGUGCCAUUUCUCCUUUCCAUUUCCUCCCUCCCGCCUCCCUCUGCCCUCUAGGUAUUUGACCUCCAUUCGGGUCCAAAGCCGGUGGUGUUUGUCCUCCACUCCUUCCUGUCAGCCAAGCUCACUCGUAUGGGCCUGCUGACGUGAAACCACCAACUACAGCCGAUCAAUGGAGAGGACAGGCCAGGCAGAGCAAGGGAGGGUGGGAGACGCUCCCAAAAUAAUGAUACUAGUGGAUGAUUUUUGUAAUUAUUUCCAAUCCUUCCAUUCACAGCAGAAGUGUGCCUAUGGUGGUGCUGCUGGUAAGAUUUAACCUACAAGAUGUAUUGUCUCGAAAAUGUGCCUUCUUAUCCAAUUCUUUCUCAGCCUCUUGCAGUCAUUAGUGCUGCGGGGUCAGGUGAAAGAAAGUGACGCUUUGCUUGAAGUCACAUAGUGUUAUGAGACAGUUACAAAAUACAAAACUGUUUUUAACAAUCUCCCAUGUGACAAUGUGUUAAAUCAUGAGGGUAAAAGAAAGUUGAGCAAAGAUGCUGGAAAGGUUUAUCAGCUGCACACUUCAUGCAAAGUGUUACUGACAUGUCUAAAGGAAAGUGAGGAUUAUGUCGACCAAUGAAACACAGCAAAGCACAGUUUGGUGAAUACUCCCUGUUUUUACUCGAUGCCUAUCAUUCCGUGACAGCCUUCCAGUGUACUUCUAAUGUAUGUGUCAGUUCACAGUGUGAGAGGAAGGAGCUGUUUUAGAGUCAGGGCACAGGUCAUUGAGCAGAAACUGUGUGAAUGGAGAGAGGUCCAAGUGUGUGUAUGUGUGUGUCUUUAUACUACAUGCUACUGUUGGCUUGAUAGAGUGCCUGCUGUCUGACAGACUCACCUUUUAGCACAUCAUCCCAAACCACUGUUGUAAUCAGGAUCGCCAACUGUGCCUUUUUCCAUGUAGUCCAAGUCCCUCUUUGUAAUGUUUCCUUUUUUUUAUUUUCACACAAUAAGAGAAUUUCAAGCUUUCGAUAUACGCGAGCAAUAGUAUUACUCUUAUGGUGUAAACAUGUAACUCUGUUUUUAUGUUUGUUUUUUUUACAUGUGUAUAUUAUCUGUGUUAGCAUGACUUCCUUACAUUGACCUCUAUAUCUGAUGAUGAUAUAUGACUUGAGUGUGUGUUACUUCCCCUCAUUGAUCCACACCUUUUGUCACUAUUAUCACAUUCCACUUUGCAUGAGAUUUCUCGUCUCUUGUUACUGUUCAUGCAGACGGCAGUAGUUCUCUGGCUACAGACUGUUCGACAGACUUAUUUACGGUGACUGAAUUACAAGGUACCAAUGCGUGUUCAAAGUUCGACUGAAACCAUCAUGUAACUUUCAUACAAUCCGUGAAAUUUACAGUACACUCUUUAUUUUUCGAUUCAUCUCAUAUAUUUUCUAUGUACUACCCUUGGAUGGAUUAUGAUAGUUUCACAGAUAAUCUUUCCUCAAGGUCCAUUUCCUUUCUUUCCAUUGAAGCUUUCAGGCUCACAGUCUUUGUCCGGAUCACUUCAUGUGAGCUGAAUGGUCUCCAUGACAACUAAACUGGAAACUUAAAGGCACAGUAUACACUAGUUGAUGACAUUUAGCAGAGCCGACUUAGUAGAAAUGGAGUAUUAUAUUCACAAGUAUGUUUAAAUUAGUGUUUAAUCACCCAAAUAUGAAAUUGUUGUGUUUUGAUCCAGAAUCAGACCACGAGAUAUCACUUAAAAUUCUCUAAUUCUACACUCUGUAUUUUAAACCUUUCAGAGGCCACUCCUGCUCCAAACAAGAAGAAUUCACCUAUCAGUAGAAAAGACAAAAACCAGUCAUAAGAGAACUGUUUUCUUAUGAGAAAUAAAAUGACUAAAUCAAACUAUCAGAGAGGGUGACUUGAAUUUGAAAUUAAUAAAUAAAUUUGUGAUUAAUGUUUUACCAGAGUUAUUUAUCAGAUAUUUAAGUUUACUGAUGGGCUGUGCAGCUAUAAGUGCUUUUGGCUUAUUGCAAGACAGUUCCUGUGAUGGUCUGAGGAGCUGUCCAGGGUGAACAGCCUCUUGCCCAACAACAACAUUCAUAGGCUUCAGCCCUUCCAUAAUCCUGGAGGGCAUAAGCAGUUAAGCUAAUAGUUAAUUCAGAAUUUUUUAAGGUGAAUGUCACUGUAUGAUACCAACAGGUACAGCUGCUUGGAAAACUUACUAUGCCAGAAUCCAGUCAAAUUAGUUUGGCAGUAAGGUGCAGUUUGAAGACCAAAGCCCUGGAGAAACUUGUUAAUGGACCAAGAGUUAAGUUUAUCCGUCAAGCUCUCAUUCCCAAUCUCAAGAAUGAACCUAAACUGUCUCUAGUAACUUCACCAAAAAAAAAAAAAAAAUCUCAUAAUUUCAGUCAAUAGGAAAUAUUAAAGCAGCCAUGUUUUUACUCGGCUUUUCUACAUAAGGUGUAUUUUUGCCUCCAGAGUCAUGAGUUAACAGCGGCUAAACUCAUUAAAAUCUUCAGUCUCAGUCUCGGUUCAUCUGUCCAGUCCAGUGCCUGUGUUGAGACUUAACUUGUUAAUGGGAUCAACAUGACAGUGGUGAAACUAUUUCCAUAACCUUCAGCUGGUGCAUGUUGCUGAAGUGACCCCUCAGUAGAGUCUUUGUUUUCCUUUGGGCCUCAAACAAUGCAGCAUUGUGCAACAGAGGAAAACAAGAUGACCCCUCUGUACUACAGUAAAGGACACAGUCACCAGUCUCUAUGACCCUCCUCUAUUUUGGUGGUCUUGUGACACAGUUUUUUUUUUAUAAAAGAGAAAGUGUGCAACUAUAUAGUACUUAUAUAAUUCUUUUCAAAGCUAGAAUUCAUGAGUGGCUGUGAUAAAGGAGAAGCAGGCUCUUUUGCUUCCCUCAGAACAUUUGUAUGAGGCAGGUGCAAGUUAUAUUUAAACUCACAUAGAUACUGGUUCCUGUAGCUAUUAAAGCAAUCAUGGUGUUGCCCUCCAUCAUUCCACAUUUUCAUUUUCUAUCAACCAUGUGUCUUCAACCUGCUGCACAGAUCUGAUUUUUGAAGUUGGUCAGCCUUGAACAAGCUCUACAGGCUGCUCUUCUUCGAGCUUGAUGGACUAAGCUUUCAAACCCCUUCAAAUUUGUGAUUGUUUACUUUCUGUUCUCCUUUUCUUGAUAAUUACCUGGAUCUCCUGUCUUUCUAUGUUAUAAAAUCAUGGCUAUGCAAAGCAAUGCUUCAAAGAAGGGGUUUCUAAACCAAAGGUAAUAAAUCUGUGGCAGCUUGCGUCCAACACAAUCAUUAAACUAAAUAGUCACAAAAAGUGCUGCUGCUGCAAAAAAAUCUGUCAUAUGCAAAGUGUUCGAGACAUCUCUCCAAGAUCAAGUACACAAUGUAUAAUAGCAAUGUAAUAAUCUCAGAUGUAAAUACCUCUAAAUAAAACUCUUACAAAUAA